AUGGCUUUAAAGGAUGAAGAAAAUUAUGUAGAUUUAAAUUUUAUUCAAUCUACAAUUUUUAAUAAUAUUACACAAAUGAUUAAUGAAUCAAAAGUAUGUAAAAGUGUUAACGAUGAUUUACGAGAAAAUUUUAAUGAUGUUACAACACAACCAUUAAUUAUGAUUAUUUUUUCAAUAUUUUAUCUUAUAAUAAUUAUAGUAGGUGUUGUUGGAAAUAGUUUAGUAAUAAUAUCUGUUUUACAAAAUAAAAUUUUACAAUCUGUAAGAAAUUUUUUUAUUGUCGCAUUGUCUUGUUCUGAUAUUAUUGUUUGUGUUGUAUCUGGUAGUUUUACACCAAUUAGUGCAUUCUCAAAAACAUGGUUAUUUGGAGAAUUUUUAUGUAAAUUGGUUCCAUUUAUUCAAGGUGUAUCGUUAUUUUUUUCAACAUUUAUCUUAGCAUCUAUAGCAGUUGAUAGAUUUAUAUUAAUAAUAUUUCCAACAACUCAACCAAUAUCUAAAAAAUUAGCAAUUGUUAUGAUAAUUUCAUAUAUAUUUAUUGGAUCAAUUUUAACAAAACCAAUAUAUGAUGAAAAUACUUUAGAAUCAUAUAAAGAUUAUUGUGGUAAGAUAUGUUAUGAAAAAUGGAAUGGUAAUGAAGAUGGUAGAAAAAGAUAUGGUACGAUUGUAUUUAUUGUUCAAAUGGUUAUACCAUUUAUAAUUAUAUCUGCAUGUUAUAUUAUGAUAUCAUUAAAAUUAAAAAAAAGAAUCACCGUCAAGAAGGAGGAUGAAGCAUUUAAGUCUUUAUCAAAAGCAGGUACUCGACGAACAAAUAAAAAUCGUCGACAACGAACAAACAGAAUGUUAAUGGCAAUGGUUCUUGUUUUUGUUUUUUGUUGGACACCAACUGUAGCCUUUAAUUUUUUACGUGACUACCAAAAAUUACCAAUUUUUAUUCAAAAACAAGAAUAUUUAUUUGGAAUUCUUACACAUUUUAUAUCUAUUAGUAGUACUGUAUGGAAUCCAUGUUUAUAUGCUUUAUUAAAUGUCCAAUUUAGGACAGCAUUUUCACAGAUACUAGGACAUACAACAUCUGUUACAUUAAAUGAAAGAAAAAAUCUUGAAAUGAAAAAAUCUAAAUUAGAUAUUCUAAAAACAGGCAAAAAUAAUUUAAAAGAAAGAAAAAAAUUAGAUGCAUUAAGUAGUAGCACAAAAAAUGAAAAAUCAAACAAUGAAAAUGAAGGAUGCAUUGAAUAUGUUUCAUAUGAUUAA